AUGUUGCUGGACAUUCCGCGAGGCCAGACCAUCAGGGACAUUGUGCGACAAUGGCAUAUGGCACCCCUGAUGGAUGAAGUCAUGAGGCCACCAGGCGCGGCAAGUGACGACGGUCAAAAGCGGUGCGCGGGCCACGGCCAAGGAGACAUGCGCAUGUGGACAACAAGCAGACAGGCCAUCAAGGGCAUUCCCGCAUGCCUCUCGCUGGUCGACGAAGGGCGAGUUGGCGGUGAAGGGACCACAGAGGAGAAUGGGAAGGCCGUGCAUAUCCGCUAG